AACAGUCGGCAAUCUAGUCCUUGAUUUCGGCCUCACAAUAAUAUAGACAGCUCACUAGAAAAUUCUUGCCGGUCCCAAAAUCACUAUUCCACAUUGUGUAGUGCACAUCUGGCUGAAUAUUUUUCAGAUCAUGCCAUACAUUAUCCCCCUCCCCACCACUAUCCCCGUGAUCAGUUGAUCUACCUGUGUGUCUCUUACAAAACAUAAUUUUCCUGUCCAGAUAACACCUGUGAUCGUGCGGUAUAUGCGUGCAGCUUAAUUGUUUGAGCAUAAGGUGUAUACUAAACCGAACAGAGAAUCACACGUAAUCAUUGCCUGCCUUGGUCAUAAGCGGUGCAGCUGAGAGUGGCAGCGAUCCGGCCAUCUUACACAUUUUCUACAAGGGCAUCUAUCAAACAUACACCGCCGCCGUCCCUCCUCCCCUGCACCUUGCCUACCAAUGUGCAAUAUGUGUGACGGAUAUGUGCGCAAAUUUAGUGACAUCUGCCCUCAGAAUUUGUGAAAACUUUCUUACUACAUUAGCCAAUAGCGAUCUAUCUUCUCGGACUAACAAAUACAGACUUGGUGACCCGAAACAAACUACAAAUCGCAGUGCCAAGCGAGUUUAAAUCUGCACCAUUCCCAGUCGUCAAUGUGGUUAUGCAUCUGAUACAAUCAACACGGCGACCACAUAUUGGAUCUCCAACUCGUUGCCUUGGACACAUAUUCCUACUCUUAUCCAUUGCACCCAGUGUGUUUGAAGGUGGUUUGCGCGAAACGAGUCAAGUGGUCGCGGAAGCUUGGCUGUUUGAUCUGAUAUCGCUGACCCAACCAAGAGGAUCACCAACGAAGCCGUACCAACCCUUCAGUCGGUAUGGUACGGGCUUUUACCAAGACGUACCACAGUCGAUACCAGGUCAACGCCAGUGGAUUCAAACUGGACGUAAGACCAUUCGUGAAACACCAAACUCAAAAGAUUUGCGACAGCCCUUGCCAUAUGGUCGACGUGCGCUGAAUGCGGAACAGUCGGUGAAAACAACUUUAACUGCGGAAACACGGGGUGAACCCAUGGAGCAGUCGACAAUUUCAGACGCCACCCCAGCGUCACAACAAAAUCUACUGAGUCAAGAACUGGCCGUUUGUCAUGCUUUGACCGGUCUAACACCACAACAAAAGCAGAUUUGUCUUCAACAUUCCGGUUUGGUAUGGGCCAUGCUGGAAGGUACACACUUGGGUCUUCACGAAUGCAUGCAUCAGUUUCAACAUGAACAGUGGAAUUGUUCUGCUGUGAAUAUAUUGUAUCAAAUGCGCGGGAAACCCACCUCUACCUCCUCAUUACCGGCUAUCAGCGGAAUGGAGGGGAUUUUGCAACGUGGAUCGAGGGAAGCGGCAUUUCUCUCAUCUACGUGGUCGGCAGGGGUGGUACAAGCAAUCACGAGAGCAUGCAGUCGUGGACAGAUGGCUACUUGUGACUGCGAUCCACAGCGUCGAGAGGGUCAAGAUCAGGACGCCGAAGGAGUAUUUACCUGGGGUGGCUGCAGCGAUCCAAUCAAAUUCGGCAUGCGUCUCACACGCCUGUUUCUGGAUGCCAACGAUCGUGCACACCGUCAGGCAUCCAUCCGGAGAGAACGGCAGCUCCAUGGCGCCAGUUCUGCAUCCGGUACAUCUGUACGUGGGUACAUGUUUCAUGAGGGUGAACCAGAGGCUUUACACAUAUAUCAAAGAUUUGCCCGUUCUAUCAGUAGAAAAACAUUGUUUAUCAAUGCAUCGCUACCGGGAAUCAUAAGUCCAUCAAAUGGAGGCUUUGCAAAAAACAAAACGACAGUUUCCCGUGCUUCAUCCAAACGUUUAUCUCCACAGGAACUACAAUCAGAGACGCUACGUAUCAUACAGACCAAGGCAAGGGCAUUGAUGAACCUGCACAACAGAAGAGCUGGACGUAGACUCAUUUGGAAGACCCGGAUACGAAAAUGCAAGUGCCAUGGUGUCAGCGGAGCUUGCUCAAUGCGCACAUGUUGGCAGCGAGUAAACGAAUUUCGCCACAUUGGAAGCAUUUUGAAAGCUGCUUAUGGGGAUGCCGUUCGCGUUUCUUAUGACCCUAGUAGAGAUGUGUUAAAGCCCGCAGCUUCGCAGAGACGCAGGAUUCAUCUGAACAACGGGUUUGUUAGCAGCAGCGAUCGAAGAGCUGUCGACCAUAUGGUGACGCAUCGUUUGGACUCAAGUGGCAAGAGUGAGCUGAAACAGCCAGGCUGGCACACUCCCAUGGGGCAGCGUAUUUCAACAACUGGCUACCCAGAGGAUGGAGACGAUAUGGAUAGAUGGAGAAGGCAGCGACGGCCACGCGCAGUGACUGACACGGAGAGUGUAUCAAAAGGGAAAUUAAUUUAUUUGGAGGAAUCUCCAAAUUAUUGCCGUUACGAUCCAACAAUCGGUCAUUUGGGUAUCGCUGGCAGACUGUGCAAUGCUAGUAACACUUUUGAGGCCAACUCAUGUGCUCGACUGUGUUGCGACAAAGGAUAUGACACAUUCAACUUUGAGAGUGAAAGCAAGUGUGAGUGCAAGUUUAUAUGGUGCUGUGAAGUUCGCUGCAAAAUAUGUCGAGAACGGAUAAUUGAGCAUCGAUGUAAACACUGAAAACCUUGUGAAGACGAAAAAACUGGGCUGAUGUUGGUAUUCGCAAUUCAACAGCGUGACAAGAAACAUGACAACAAUAAUAUUAACUUUUUAUCUUGUACUGCGAAGAUAAUUGGUCCAACACUACAUGCUGACCCAUUACGCAUUGCAGGUCUACAUUUUCAAAAACUGUAUAGUUCUGCACGUAACUUCAUACUCACAUAUUCAUAUGCUUACCUGAUCGUAGUGCAGUCUUAUUUCAAUAUCCUAUAAAGAGUUCGUCAC